GCCGUUGCUGGGGCUGCGGGCGGAUCCGGGGGGGAUGGCGGGGCCCGGCGGCCGGGGGGGCCCGGCGCUGCGGGCCCUGUGAGCGGACACGGGCCUCUGCCCGCGGGCCCCGGGCUGAGCUAGGGCCGAGGGCCCGGCAGCGAGGUGCCGAGCGGCCCCGGGGCGAGGGCCCCCCGGGCGGUAGGCCAUGGCCACCCGGCGUCUUACGGACGCGUUCUUGUUGUUGCGGAACAACGCGGUGCAGAGCCGGCAGCUGCUGGCCGAGCAAGUGAGUAGUUACGGCUCCUCCAGCCUUCUGAGUUCACGUAGCAUGGCUGCUGCGCUUGCAGAUGAUCGGAUGGCACUGGUGUCAGGGAUAAGUUUAGACCCUGAAGCAGCCAUUGGAGUAACAAAACGCUUACCUCCUAAAUGGGUUGAUGGAGCAGAUGAAAUUCAGUAUGAUAUUGUCAGGGUUAAACAGAAGAUGAAAGAAUUAGCCAGUCUUCAUGAUAAACAUCUGAACAGACCAACGCUGGAUGACAGCAGUGAAGAAGAAAGGGCAAUAGAAAUAACAACGCAAGAGAUCACACAGUUAUUUCACAGAUGCCAGAGAGCAGUCCAGGUCUUGCAGAGCAGGUCACGUAAUUGUACAGAACAAGAAGCACGUGUUCUCAGGAAUGUAGUGUCUUCCCUAGCACAGUCCCUUCAGGACCUAUCCACCAACUUCAGGCAUGCACAGUCUGACUAUCUCAAACGCAUGAAGAAUAGAGAAGAAAGAUCCAAACACUUCUUUGACACCUCAGUGCCACUCAUGGAUGAUGGGGAGGAUGAUACACUUUAUGACAGGGGCUUUACAGAUGACCAGCUAGCACUGGUGGAGCAAAACACGUUAAUGGUGGAAGAGCGGGAACGGGAAAUCCGCCAGAUUGUGCAGUCAAUCUCUGAUCUCAAUGAAAUAUUUAGGGAUCUGGGAGCAAUGAUAGUAGAACAGGGAACAGUUCUAGAUAGAAUUGACUACAAUGUUGAACAGUCAUGUAUGAAAACUGAAGAGGGUCUAAAACAACUACAUAAGGCAGAGCAAUAUCAGAAGAAGAAUCGGAAGAUGCUUGUUAUUUUAAUUUUGUUUGUUAUAGUAAUUGUCCUUAUUGUUGUUCUUAUUGGUGUGAAGUCACACUAGGUUUCACUUCAUUUUCUUAUUUUUGGAGCUUAUGUGGACUGUUUUUUUCCCCCCAUGUGAAUGGAUGGACCUGCACUCUAGAAAGCUGCCUUUGAAUGUACAAGCCCUUGUGGUGCAAAGUCUGUGCAAUGUUUGUGUAGAAUUCUUCAAAGUACAAGUUUGGUGAUGUGUGAGGUGUUGAUAAGGGUUGUAUGGAGACUGUCAGGAAAUUUUAUGCUCCCACACAAAUAAUUUGGUGCUCUAUGUGGAGGUACUUGGAAAGACAGUACUUAAAAGUAAUUACAAGAUUGAAGCUUACCAGUGAGUACAGUAGUUAGUGUGUUACUGAGAACAAAAAUGUGUUGCCUUCUGUAUUAUGUUACAAUUGUUACAAGCUUCAAAUUUUUACUCUGUUAUUAAGUUGUGGGACUAGAUAACAAAAUUGAUCUAGAUGUAAAGUAUGUUGAGGCACAAAGAUGUUUGAUUUCAUCCCAUUUCUUCCAGACUCAAACUCCAAAGAACCAGGUAAAUAGUUUCAAAAAAAAAAAAAGCUUUUUAGCAACCAGAAUGUAUUCCAGCCCGUGAUCUUAAUUUAGAUACUGCACCAUUACUGAGAAUCAGCAUAGUACUUGAUCUUGUAAGUAACAAGAUUUAAUCACUGGCAUAAUUUAACACAUUUAGUUAAUUAAAAAAUUUUCUGAGCUUGAGUAAUCAUGGGAAUGUUUUUCCUCACCAGAAUGAUCAUGGAUAUAUUUUAAUGUACAAUUUCUUUUAAGUACAGACAUUGUAUUAAAGCAGUGGUGAAGUUAAACCUAAAAAACAGAGCCUCUCCUUUUGGCUGUCUACUUCAUGUGGCCUUUUAUAGCAGGUCUCAGUUGUUUCAUACUUUAGUUGUUGUUGUAUAAGCUAUUUAUUUUACAGUGCAUCUGUCCAUACCUGUGAUGUUUUUGUGUAAGUGACUUCACUACAACAUACAUGACAUCCAUUUGAGUAUUUCUUUCAAAUGCCUGCCUGGAACAGGGUGUGUUUGUGGUCUCUUACUGACCAUGAGAGAUGUCAUUCAAGUGACAUGUUACUAGGCCUUCUAUAGAGAAUUUGGGUUUUUUUUUCACUAUUUUUCUCAGUGGAAAACUGUUGUAGGUCAUAAAAGAGAAAAUUGGGCAAUGUCUAAUAGAGUACCCAUUAUUUAAUUCAGGCCUGAAGUGGUGUGCAAUUGUAGAGGUCUUGCCUUAAUAUUUUUAAUAUAGCUUUUCUGUAGGGAUUUUUUUUCUCCCAAGGGACUGUAACUUAUUUCCUUCAUUUUCUGACUGACACAGUGCUCCCCAUAAACUUGCAGAGUUGCUCUGCUCAAAGUCCCUGAAGUGCAGUUUCAUAAUAAUGUCACCUGCCCCGAGUUUAUCUUUACUAUGUACUAAAGAGGACUUAAGACGUGGCUUUAAACUGACUUGGUGCAGGAACUGACCUGAAAGCAAAGACUACAUAGACAUGAAAGCCUUGGCUUUUUGUUGGCUUGGUGUGAGAAGCUUUGUACCACUCUUACCUCUAAACCAAGGGGAUCUUGAACUUCCUAAACUGCCAGUUCAAAUCCCUGAUUAAAUUAAGUAAAAAAGAAUGAUGCUUGUAAUUGAGUGUGCAGCUCCCCUCUUCUUGUAAUAGAUUUUCUCAAUGACUGUGAGUAAAACUACUGUCUCCCUAGUGUGCUGUCUACAUCAGUUGGUGUGAAGCAGCAUAUUGCUAUAAUUUAAUAUACUGUAUUUGCAACUUUCUCUAACAUGAGAUGGUGUUAUUUAUUUCUGUCUUGACUGGUGCUUUUGACAUUUUAUCAUGGCUAAUGAAUUCAAAGAAGUAAUAAAACACUUCCAACCUAA